UCAUUCUAAUUGUGAAAUACUACAGCUGUACGUUUAAUUGGAGCAAACUCACUAAACUCACAGUAAGCAGGAAAAAAAAAAAAAAAAAGAUCUUGCUUUAAAAGAUCUGGUGACCAGAUGUUUAAAAAGGGCUCCGUGAGAUGCAAGAGUAGUUUCCUUGGAAGAAAUCCCUCUUAAAUAGCUGAAACAUGAAAAAAUUGAUAUUCUUCAUUUUGAUAGCCUUGCACUUGGAUGAAACGUUUGAAUGGGGAAUCAGGAACGGAAUAUUCCACAAUUCAAUCUGGCUAGAACAAGCAGCUGGAGUUUAUCAUCGAGAAUCACGGAGUGGAAAAUACCAGCUUACCUACAGAGAGGCCAGGGCGGUCUGUGAAUAUGAAGGCGGGCAGCUGGCCACUUAUGAUCAACUGGAGGAGGCGAGGAAAAUAGGGUUCCAUGUAUGCGCUGCAGGAUGGCUGCAGAAAGGAAGAGUUGGGUAUCCCAUAGUAAAACCUACAUUCAACUGUGGAUUUGGGAAAAAAGGCAUCAUUGAUUAUGGCUACCGGUUAAAUAAGAGUGAAAGAUGGGAUGCCUACUGCUAUAAUCCUCACGCAAAGGAGUGCGGUGGAGUGUUUACUGAGCAAGAGAGGAUUAUUAAAUCCCCAGGAUAUCCUGAUGAAUAUGAAAAUGAGCAAAUCUGCUAUUGGCAUAUACGAGUCAACAUUGGCCAGCCGAUUCUCCUGCAGUUCUUAGAGAUGGAUAUUGAGGAAGACACUGACUGUCUGUCUGACUACUUAGAAGUAUAUGACAGCUAUGAUGAUUUUCAUGGUUUAGUAGGAAGGUUUUGUGGAGACAUGCUUCCUGAUGACAUCAUCAGUACAGGAAAUGUUAUGACUUUGAAAUUUUUGUCAGACGGUUCCAUCACCGGAGGAGGAUUUCAACUCAAAUAUACUGCUCUAAGCCCACCCUCGAAAUAUGACCCUGAAAUAGACACAAACUUGACGUCUGAAGCAAACCCUGAUUUUUUACAUUAAAGUGCUUUAAUGAAUUAACGGAAUGCUUGUUUAUGACCAAAGAAGCAAAUGAAAUUAAUUUGGUGGUGAUUCAUCUGUCUUCACUGUGCGUAAUGCAGAUUGUUCUGGGCAAAGCUCCAACUGACUUAAAUGGGAGAUGAAUGGAACACUUAACAUGCGACAGACGAUGAUAGAUUACUUCUUAGACUUUCCAUGUAAUGUACUAAAGUUAUGUUGAUUUAUCAUCAGAAAGAUGAUAGCUGGACAGUUGGACAUGCACAGGCCUGUUAAGUGUAAUGUUUUGCUGCGUACUUUUAACUUUUCCAACCAACAUGUCUGAAAAAUGUCAAGUUCACCUUAUUCCUAAAUAAGGAAUAAUUUACGCCAGGGACUACUAGAAUUGAGGAUUCUGUAUUACCUUGAUUUAGCAUAACCACAAAUGUUGCUACCACUCCAUAAAUAGACCUGGCUGGAAACCAUCUAAUUUAAUUACCAGCAAUUAAUUAAUUCCUGGGUAUGCUAAUCACGCACCGUGAUACUCGUCCACAUGAUAAUUAUAUUAUUAUUAUUAUUAUUAUUAUUAUUAUUAUAUUAAUCAUUACCAUUGGAACAAAUGUACUGCUCCCUCCCUGCACUGAUCUGCUCCAUCACCUCUUGUCUGUUUACUAUUAGAGCUGUAUUAUAUGUAAUGCCAAAAUACUACAUAUUGUGCCUCUCUGCAAAAAAACUUUCAGGUCACUAUGGUAAAAUGGUACAAUUGUACCUAUAAUUGCACUUUUCCUAUGGAGGUGCCUGGAAUGUGUGAAAGGAAUCCCAUUGAAAGUUUAGGCCAUUGUCUGAUCAUUGGCCCAUUGAAAGUGGUGUAAAAAUUGUCACUUUGCCAGAGGAAGGCGGCUCUGUGGUUCUCCACUAACCCAAGAACAGUGCUGUAAAUGCACACUUUCAAUCCCAUAAAACUCAUUUAUUUCGGUCUUUCCUCAACAUAAAAUUUUAUUUAGGGCGGGAUGUAUCAAGCAUCGCAUUUUAAAUGCGAUACACUGCCGUACAAUGUACAAUCUCAAUUAAAAUUGCAAAGGGCAGUUUUUUGAUAAGAGCUGUCUUUGCAACGAGAGGACUUUUGGGUUUAUGAUCCAGGAGUCUUUUUGUAAAUGCACAGCUGUCGGCACACUUGGGAACUAUGCAAAUAUUAGCCCAUAAUAAUCCUAUCUGGCGCAAGCUCCAGAAAGAUUUGCUAAGCUUUGGAUUUAUGGUAAAUGCAUCCAAAUGGAAGUAAAUAAAAGUGACUAGCCUUUAUUCAGUAAAGAACACGAGACAGAUCCUUCCAUCUUGAGAUACAAUGCUAAGCAAUACACAGGCACUUUCAAGUACAUCUGUUUUUCCAACCAUCUAACAUACUUGCACUGUUGAUGAGAUGCACUCUUUAGUCUAUGCUGUCUGCAGAAAUCAUGCAUUCUAUGCAGUCCUAGGGCAGGCACAUGAGCCCUACACUUCAUAGAUGCUACCAGCCUCCUUAUUUCUUACCUGUGAGGGGUACUACAGUGAAAUCACUGAAUAAAUUACACUACGUUGGCAAAAUUAUAUUUUAUUAUAGCUGUAUUAUACUAAUUCAGUGCUUGGCACUCUACUGGACUACCACCUUCUUCUAGUCGCAGUAUUAGCCCUGUGCACAUACUAGCCGGUAGCCAAUCCGUUAUCAUUUGAAGAAUGCAGAUAUUUUUUGAAAAUCCGGUACAGUUAUCUGGAACACCAUAAAUAAGUGUGUACAGGUAUCAAAUGAAUGAUUGUGCUUGGUAAAAUGCAUCUGCUGUCCUACCAAAUAGUUUCACUGGUUUAUCUGUUUUAAUCUGUCAUCCAGAUUUCUCAGAUUAUCCAAUCUGAAGUUUUUUCCAUGUUUUAAUAUGUCAAAUACAGGAAAAGGCAAAAUACCACAUAGCACAUUAUUUAAGACAACGUUCAUUUAGAAUAUGAAUAAUUACAUUUAUUAUUUUCACCCCUGAAUUUGAAAGGGCAAUACUAAUAUAUUCGAAACAAAA